AUGUCGAAUUUUGGCAGAAGAACUUGGGAUAGAGAGGAGUAUGCUGAGCAGGCUAGAAGCGGCUAUGACGAUCGAUCCUUAAAGGCUACGCUAACACCGAUUGAAUUACAAGCUUUAAAAUCCAAAUAUACAAAUUACGAUCAUUUAAUCAAGGGCUCGCUAAAAGACCUAAAUAAAAGGAAACUAACAGCAAAUACAGAGAGCUUAUCGUCUUUCAAGAGGGGAAAGAAGUUCGGAUUUUACUGCGAUAUUUGUAACCUAACCUUCAAAGACACUUUACAAUACAUUGAUCAUCUCAACCACAAGGUCCAUGCAAUAAAAUUUGAAAAUUUGUUUGAUGAACCGUUAAUUAUAGAUAUAAGAGAUAAUGAUGACGUACCGCAAGAGGAGUUUGAGUUGUGCUAUCAUAACUUGAUAAAGGAUUUUGUAGAGGUGCGUUCUAUGGAGACUCAGUCCAAGAGGAAAAGGCUUUUGGACACAGAUGUGGAGAAAGCAAAGAAAGUGGCUACUAAGCCUUCUAUUGAGAGUGAAUCAAAAGUCAGUCAAAUGAUGGGAUUUUCCAAUUUUGCCACCUCUAAAAAAUGA